AUCUGCGCGAGACAGACGUGUGUUCCACUGCGUUACAUCGCGCUAAAACAAUUUUUUUCGAAACUUCGUAAAGGAUCUCCGUUGAAGUAGAUGGCUUAGUGUAUGAAUGGAGUUUUUUUGGUGAAUCAUACGAGUGAUGGGUGGCGAUCUAUGAAUUUAUAAUGUGAAAUGAUAAGUGACCGUUGUCAAGUGUUUGAGAUAAUUUAGUUUCUUCCAAGAUGACUGUACUUCUGGUUUUCGGACUCUUUAUCGUGAUAGUGACAGCGCACAACAUCACGUACCUAGAGGUGCCGCAGUAUGGCGACCCGCGGCGCGACGGCGACCUCGUCUGCCACUACGUGAGCGAGAAGGGCGACCCGCCGCUCCACUCCGUCAAGUGGUACCGCGACAACAACGAGAUCUUCCGGUUCACGCCUGGACAACAGCCUCCAACAAGGACCUUCAACACCACAGCCGGCGGGGUCUCUCGCGGCGCCUGCAACAUGCACAGCUGCUCCAUCAGCGUAGUUCUGCCCAAGAAGUACAACACCAGGAUCUCGUUCACGUGUGAGGUGUCCACUGAAGGGCCGCGGUUCGCUGUCGUCAACCAGACCAAGUACUUGACUGUUGCUGUAACGCUGAAAGAAGACCCAGUGAUAACAGGAGCAUCAGGCACCGUGCAGCUUGGAGAGGACGUGCUCCUCAACUGCUCCACCAAGCCAGCCAUGCCGCCUGCCAACAUCGUGUGGUACGUCGAUGGGAAACCAGAGAGGACGGAACCCUGGUUGAACGACAACACAGAAGUAUCACAAGCAGACGAAUACGGACUCCGUUCUAGUUGGCGCCCACUCCGAGUUAGAGUAGCUACCGGUCGAGGGUUCAUGGCCAUCCGGUGUGAGGCUACGCAACCCAGCAGGCCACCUUACACCAGGUCUACAAACGCCAGCCUCGUGGUCGCCCGGUCACCUAACUUGUCUAUGUACACUGCGUCUGGCUCAAGUUCCACUAAAACGGCGGUGGUGUUGGCGACGUGUUUUGCAGUACAUAUAUUUUCUAAAUACAGUGCCUUGAGUAAACUCUAAGCGUGGGCGGAUAGAGUUUGAUAAUUGUAUAAACGAUAGUACAUAGGUAGUUAAAACUUUCCACCCACCUUUCUCUAAUUGUAGCACUAUUUUAAGUUAUUUAUGAGAAGCAGCGAUAGC